GCUACAUUAACACACAUCAUUACCCCUGUACAAUAAAAACAGUCAUCCAGGCUGCAGGAAAUAGACAAACACAGAAAAGGACUUUGACCAGACUGCUGACUUUCCCCUGAGGUGAACUGACACGUUGAUGCAUCUGCAAAGAUCUCCAGGAUGAGGAGCAGACAGACUUAUUUCUUGUGGCUUGUUUUCCUGUGUUUACUGUUCAUAAUCCUGUGUGCAGGAACAAUAAGCAUAAAUUUGAGUAUUAAUACAGAGCAGGAACAUGAGACACGGAGCACAUAUCCACAGAAUGGUUCUGUCUCUGCACCUGUCAUAUCAGGGAUUAACCUAAACAGCAGCACAGUGGUGUUAGAGUGUGAGUCUAAAGGCUGGUAUCCAGAGCCUGAGGUGUUGUGGCUGGACGGUGAGGGAAACCUCCUCUCUGCUGGACCUACAGAGACAGUCAGAGGUCCUGAUGACCUCUAUACUGUCAGCAGCAGAGUGACUGUCAGGAGGGGAAACAGCUUCAUCUGUAGAGUUGAACAGAAGAUCAUCAACCAGACCAGUGAGACAAAGAUUCAGAUUUCAGGAACAAUAAGCAUAAAUUUGAGUAUUAAUACAGAGAAGGAACAUGAGACACGGAGCACAUAUCCACAGAAUGGUCAGUCUCAGGUGGUUGGACCAUCUGAACCAAUAGUAGCUUUAGUUGGUGAUGAUGUCAUUUUGCCAUGCCACCUGGAGCCUGCAGCUGAUGUUGUUUCUGGGAGUGUGGAGUGGGGAAGACCUGACCUGGAGCCCAGAUUUGUCCACGUGUGGCAUCUAGGACAAGACCUUCUGGUGAACCAGAACCCGUCUUACCAGGGACGGACGUCAGUGUCUGCUGAGAACCUGAAGCACGGAGACCUGUCUCUGAGACUGUCUGCAGUCAAACACUCUGAUAAUGGGAAAUACAGAUGCUACUUUGCCUCACAGGCCAAAGAAACUACUGUUGAGCUCAUUGUUGGUUCUGUCUCUGUACCUGUCAUAUCAGGGAUUAACCUAAACAGCAGCACAGUGGUGUUAGAGUGUGAGUCUAAAGGCUGGUAUCCAGAGCCUGAGGUGCUGUGGCUGGACGGUGAGGGAAACCUCCUCUCUGCUGGACCUACAGAGACAGUCAGAGGUCCUGAUGACCUCUAUACUGUCAGCAGCAGAGUGACUGUGGAGAAGAGACACAGCAACAGCUUCACCUGUAGAGUCCGACAGAACAACAUCAACCAGACCACAGAGACAGAGAUUCAGAUUUCAGCUGAAUGCUUCCCGGCUACAUCUGUUUCUACUGUUCGUUUCACCAUGGUCUUGGUUGUUAUCCUCAUCUUUUCUUGUGUAGCAGCCUUUGUUGUGUGGAAAUGGACACAAAACCAAAUGAAAGAUGCAGAGAUGAAUCAGGAGGAGAGAGAGAGAGAGAAACUUCUGGCAAAGAGCGAGAAAAAGGCAAAACUUGACCAAGAGCUACAGAGGAGAGAGGAGGAGGAGAGAGACUUGGACCAGAUGACUAAAACAGUGACAGAACAGAAGGAGGAACUGCAAAAACUUAUCGAUGAACUCAAACGUCAGAAGGAUGAAAUGCAGAGAGGGAUGGAUGACAUUGAGAAGAGGGCUCAGUCAGUGGAGAAGGAAACAGAAAGUGACAGAGCAAAGGGAUUCUUGCGACUGAAAGAAAUCAUAUUAGAUGCCAAGAGACAGCUGCAGGAGAGAAAACAAGCACAGGAACAAUUGUUAAUGUGUUCACAGACAUUAAUGUGUAAAACAGAUGUUGUGUUUAAAAAGAUGACACAGAGGAAGAAGGGAGUAGAGGAACUGAAAGAGAAAAUCAUCGACCAACUGGAGGAGACAGAGAAACACAGAAAUGAGAUUCAGAGGAAACUGAGGUCAAAGGAGAAAUAUGAAACCUGAGCCACAGAAGUUUUUUUCCUGACGCUGAUAAAGAUUUAUUUAUCAGUAAUCAGACAAGUGAACAGCUGUUUCACAGCAUUUUCCUACAUUGUUUUAUGAAUUGUCAUCAGAGGAGUGCAAAAUAGAUGCACAAGUACUAACAUUACUUCCUACAAACUCUUACAAAGUAAUGGAAAUAGUGAUAUUUGCCGAGACUAUGAGACAUUCACCUUCAGAAACACCUGUAUCUGCUGCCACAUGAUUGGUUGACUGGACAAUUGCAUGAACAAGCAGCUGUUAACAUCAGCUGGGAUAGACUCCAGCCCCCUGCUGCCCUUAUGAAUAAGCAGUAUAGAUAAUGGAUGGAUGGAUGUGAAGACAUUUGUUUUAUGAAUAUUUUUGUCUGGGUUCAUAUUCUUUACACUUUACCUUCGUAGCCAUUUCCUACUGUAAAUGCAUUUUAAUAUUUUGUCUUUUUUUCUUUGGUAUGAUUAUCUGAUAAUAAUAACAUGAGUUCUGUUCUUUAUUUUAUGUGUUUGGUUUAACAAAGAUUCCUGAUCAAUGUCCAGAAACAGACUUAAAUAAACUAACAAAUCAAUGCUGAAA